AUGGUCAACGAUGCGCGAGUCCCUAAUCCCAAGCGCAGACGACCGGAAGAAAUGACGAACAUUCCACCCGCCCACUAUAGCCGCUAUGCUUUGUCGACAUUGCUGGCAGAGAAGCCCAGGGUAUCAGAGGCCAAUCUGCCUGCGAUUGAACGAAUGAUUGCGCAAAAGGCAAAGAAAGCCAACUUCGAGGAGGUUCCACAGACCUUGGCAGAAUGGCAGGCGGCGAGGGAAAAGAUGGGGGUUCCCAAGAGGGCUCCACAAAGGAAGUACGUAGAAGGGUCUCCUGCGCUUCACACUCUCCUUGCACAAAAGAAGCAAUUGCAAGCCGCGGGACAAGACGUUUCUGACAUCGAUGCACAGAUUCUUGCUACGGCGAAGAAAUACGAUCCAGACGCAACCAUGCCUACCAGCGCGAGCAAGUUCUUUGUUGGUUUGCGCAAGAAAGAGAUCUUCGGAAGGCCUUCCAAAGCUGCCAAGCUUCCACCGCUCGUCAAACCCGAAGUGAUGAGGCAAAAAGCAAGCGAGGAGGUCGAGCAGCUUGCAAGACAGCCGAUGCAAACCCUCUACAAUCAAAGAGCGGCCGCGGCGAAACAGCAGCAGGACACGAGUGUAAUCGAUGCUGCCAUGGUGCGCAAAGCAAAUCUAGAAGGACUGGCAGAAGCGCCCGCUGAUAUCGAAACUUACUACGCGUGGAAGAGGAAGAUACGGCAUUUUGUUCGGCCAGUCGACUACUCAAAUCGUUCGGUAUUGAAACUUUACACCGAUAGGGACGCGCUGAAGGCUGCUGGCAGGGAUACGACAGCUGUAGAUGCGGCGAUUAAGAAGCUGACUGAGGGAAAGAGCAGCGGUAGCGGGGCUCCCAGUGUCGGGCCAAGCUCAACAUCGUGA